CAACCCCACCCCCACGGCCCUAUUACUCCUCCACGCUUCCUCUCUCAUGAAAAUACCACCCCAUUCCAACAGAGAAAUACAGAGAGAAAGAGCAAAAAUACAAAAGAGACACCAACUCAUUUGCCACUCUACCCCGAAAUAUAAAAACCCUAAUUUCCCUCUGUUUUUUCUCCUUUCCCAACUCUUUCCCCACUCCCCACUCCCCACUCCCUCUCUCACCACCCACCUACCCUAAUCUCUCUCUCUGUCUGAAGUCUGAACUCUUUCUUGAAUUUCUAUGGUGCUCUCUCCAUAGUCAUCCUUAAGCUUUUCUUCCUUUUACCCUUUUUCAGAUUUUCCUUCUUUAUCUCAAUGCCUCAUUUUUAGCACUUAAAUCACAUUCUCAGCCCAAUGACUCUCUCUCAAUCUCUCUCUUUACUCCUCCUUGUACUUGUGUUUCGACUCAAUGGGUCUUCUGCUGCAGAAGAUGAAGUUCGAUCACUUUUGGAGUUCAAAAAGGGUAUUAAAAACGACCCAUUAAGUAAAAUCUUCAGUUCAUGGAGUCAAACGGGUCUUUCAAAUCUAUCAGCAUGUCCAAAGUCAUUUCAUGGUGUCGUUUGUGAUGAAAACUCCGAUUAUGUUUUCUCCAUUUCUCUUGACGGGCUUGGGCUUGUGGGUGACUUGAAGUUCUCAACUCUUAGUGGGUUGAAGCAGCUCAAAAUUCUUAGUCUUUCUGGUAACUCUUUUACGGGUAGGGUUGUUCCUGCUUUGGGUUCUAUGUUAACUCUUCAGCAUUUGGAUCUCUCUGGAAAUCAGUUUUAUGGACCAAUUCCAGCACGAAUUAAUGAGCUUUGGGGUUUGAAUUACCUCAAUUUGUCCAAUAAUAAUUUUACAUUUGGUUACCCAAGUGGAAUUAGUAAUCUUCAGCAGUUGAGAGUACUGGAUUUGCAUAACAAUGGGCUUUGGGGUGAUAUCGGGGAGUUGUUUUUGGAGUUGAAGCGUAUUGAGCAUCUUGAUUUGAGUAACAACUCGUUUUUCGGAUCUCUUCCUACGAGCCCGGAAAAUGUAUCGCUCUCUUCGACAAUUCAGGUCAUGAAUUUGAGUCACAACAAGUUGGGUGGUGGUUUUUUUCCUGGAAAAUUGUUGGAGGCAUUUGAGAAUUUGAUGGUUUUGGAUUUGGGGAAUAAUGCUAUAAUGGGGCAGCUUCCUUCUACCGGGUUUAUGCAUAAUUUGAGGGUUUUAAGGCUUGGGAAUAAUCAGCUUUAUGGAUUGAUUCCCGAUGAGCUCUUGCAGGGAACAGGUCCAUUGGAAGAACUGGAUCUUAGUGGCAAUGGAUUUUCAGGUUCAAUUCCGAUUGUGAAUUCAACAAAGUUGAGAGUUCUAAAUAUUUCAUCGAACCACCUAUUAGGUUCACUGCCAUCCUCCAUAGGAAAUUGUGCAGUUGUGGAUCUGAGCAGAAAUAUGCUCGUGAAUGGUAUAUCAGCUAUUGAGAGCUGGGAAGCCAAUUUGGAAAUUAUUGAUUUGAGUUCAAAUAGGUUAACUGGAAAUAUUCCCACUAUAACCUCUCAGUUUCAACUAUUGACUUCACUUAAUUUCGGAAACAAUUCUCUUGAGGGAACCUUACCUUCAGCACUGGACACCUUGCCAAGACUGGUUAAACUUGAUCUCAGCACCAAUAAACUUGGUGGACCGAUUCCAUCUACAUUUUUUACUUCGACGACAUUGAUGAACCUAAAUAUAUCUGGAAAUCAGUUGUCAGGAUCAAUUCCUCUUGAAGGCUCUCAUGCUAGCGAAUUACUUGUUCAAUCACCAUACCCUGCACUGGAGUCUCUUGAUCUUUCAGAAAACACUUUAACAGGUAAUUUGUCUUCUGCCAUUGGUAAUUUGCGGAGGCUUCAAGUGCUAAAUCUUGCUAAGAAUCAGUUAUCAGGCAUGCUGCCUACUGAAUUGGGUGACCUUAGAAGUUUGGAAUUCCUUGAUAUAUCUAACAACAAUUUUAGUGGUAUGAUCCCCGAAAAUCUUUCAUCAAAUUUGAGGGUGUUUAAUGUGUCUAACAAUGAAUUAAGUGGUGCUAUCCCUGAUAACUUGAGAAACUUUAAUGAAAGUUCAUUUCGUCCUGGAAACUCAAAUUUGGCAAUCCCAAGCAACUGGUUACAUGAUAAUCAUGGCGAUCCUGAUCAAAAUAGUCAGCACCAUCAUAACUCGAAAUCCAGUAUCAGGGUGGCUAUUAUUCUUGCCUCAGUUGGAGCUGCUUUAAUGAUUGGUGUUGUUCUCCUGGCUUACCAUCGACAACGGUUCCAAGAUUUCCACUUACCAAGUGGAUUUAACAGCCAAUCUGCUGGAAGGGAUGUUAAACUCGGGAGGUUCAGCCGGCCUGGAAUUUUCAAGUUCCAUGGCUCCUCAGAACCACCACCAACUUCCUUGAGUUUCUCUAAUGAUCACUUGCUCACAGCGAACUCGAGAUCUCUGUCUGGGCAAAUUGAGUCUGGUACAGAAAUUGUUGAGCAUGUUUUUCCAGAGGGAGUAACUGCAGUUUCAGCAUCUACGCAUCUUGGCACUGUGGGUAAUAAUCCUGCAACAUCUGGCCAAAGAUCCUCUCCAGGCUCUCCAAUAGCUUCCUCCCCUCGUUUCGUCGACACAGUUGAACAACCGGUGACAUUGGAUGUGAAUUCACCGGAUCGAUUGGCUGGGGAAUUGUUCUUCCUGGAUGGUUCACUGUCAUUUACUGCUGAGGAGUUAUCUCGUGCCCCUGCUGAAGUUCUGGGUAGAAGUAGCCAUGGCACAUUGUAUAAAGCUACUCUGAAUAGUGGGCAUGUUCUUACUGUCAAGUGGUUGCGGGUUGGGUUGGUAAAAAACAAGAAAGAGUUUGCAAAGGAAGUUAAAAAGAUUCGAUAUAUUAGGCACCCAAAUGCUGUUCCUUUACGAGCAUUUUACUGGGGACCUCGGGAACAAGAAAGGCUUAUUUUAGCAGACUACAUACCAGGAGAUAGUUUGGCGUUGCAUCUCUAUGAGACAACCCCUCGGAGGUACUCCCCGUUAUCCUUCAACCAAAGGUUAAAAGUUGCCAUUGAAGUUGCUCGGGGUUUGGCAUAUCUGCAUGAGAGAGGGCUGCCUCAUGGAGACUUGAAACCUACAAAUAUAAUCUUGGUUGGUGCUGAUUACAGUGUCCGCCUCACUGAUUAUGGUCUCCACCGCCUGAUGACUCCAGCAGGGAUUGCAGAGCAGAUACUGAACCUAGGGGCUCUAGGAUACCGUGCUCCUGAACUUGCUACUGCGACCAAACCUAUCCCAUCAUUUAAGGCUGAUGUAUAUGCUCUUGGUGUGAUUCUAAUGGAAUUGCUGACGAGAAGAAGUGCUGGAGACUUAAUCUCAGCACACUCUGCUGCAGUUGAUUUAACUGAUUGGGUUCGGUUGUGUGAUCAAGAAGGUAGGGGAAUGGACUGUAUCGAUAGGGACAUCGCAGGAGGAGAAGAACACUGCAAAGCGAUGGAUGAUCUGCUAGCUGUGUCAUUAAGGUGUAUUCUUUCGAUAAACGAAAGGCCAAACAUCAGACAAGUUGUUGAAAAUCUGGGUUCCAUAUCUGUGUGAAAUUUUUGUACAUGUUGUCUUGGAAUUACAAUUCUUUUUUCUUUUCCUUCACAUUUUUUAUUAUGUCCUAUUGGUUGCCUUCUAAUGUUGGUCAAUCCUUACAUAUUCCCCAUUUUCUUUUCCUUCCCCCCUUCAAUUUUUGUGUAAAGGGAUGAUCAGUCCAUUGAUUGAUUGGUUGACAUUUUUCUCUAAUUAGAAAAGAUUGCAAUUAUUU